CUAAAGCACAACUGCAAAUAGCUGCUCAGGUUCCAUCUUUGUCUUGGUGUCAAACAAUCCCGUUGAGAAAGAAACCAGCGAGGUCUUCGACGUCACCUCUGACUGGUUCCUCCACGACUCAAGUUACGCCGAGUGAAGGCGUGACAGAAGAGCAGCAUGAAAAUACUGCAUCGCUUCCUGAUGUUUACACUGUUUUAUCUGCCUGAAGCUUUCUUCACGAUCAAUGACGACCACUUCUUUUGAUUAAGUCAACAAGCGUCUAAUCGAGUGAUAACAGACUUUUGAAAAUACUGAUGAUGAUGAUGCUUUUGCUCUGAAACUUCAGAUCAAAUCAAAGCCAUUAAGAGAGCAACAUUUUAAUGUCAGUUAUCUUUUUUAUACUCUGAAUUUUUUUACUGAUAUUUCUCGUGGUAUUUUCUUGUAUUUUCGUUUUGAUAAAAAAAGGAAAAAACUUUUAUUUCCACGUUUUUUACCUCGGGGACUUUUGCACGUGUUUGUUUUGUGUUGCCAGUAAGUUAGAAAAACAUUUGUGAAGAGCAGAACACAAAGAAAGAGAUGGAUGAACUUGAAUGUGAUUAUUUUGGCCAGCUUUGUAUUUUUAUUUUAACUUGUGGUGGAUUUUUGUAAAAUAUGUGAUCACUUUCAGUCAUUUUGUUCAGGAUUUUUUAUGUGAAUGAGAAGAUUAAAAUAAAGACUCCCUCAGAAAGAUUUUUCUUUCGGUUGUUAUAAAGUUUGACAUGUUUGCUCCCAAAAAUAAUAUUAUGCCUGUUCUGAAACGUAGCUCUAAAGAAAAAGCUCCCAAAAGAGAUUUCCUGUUCCUACAAGUAGUAUUGUGAUAUCUGCUCACUGAGGUACACGUUGCUGGUAUUAGUUGGACCUUUUUUUGCCAGCUUUAAUUCUUAAAAACAUGGAGGCACUGAAAGAUGCACAGAUUGUGCAAAGAUCUAACCAAAAUAAUAAUCAGCUGCUGCAAACAGGCCACAGCACAGACCUUUAACCUGCGUCUCAGCAGCUUCGUUUAAAGCUGCGCAGCCUGCAGUAAUUGGAUUGGCCAAAGCCUCCUGAUUGGUGCUGCACCUAUUUUUCUCUAAAUUAUGAGAGAUUAACAGCUCAUCUGUCUCAGAUUUCGUCGUAGCGGUUUGUUUUUUUAACUUUACAGAUCAUAAACACUUCUACAUGUGAUAAAAAACGAGAUCACACUGGAGCCCAUUGAUUUCAUCGCGGAUUUGUUUAAGACUCAAACUGCAGCAGCACAGUGUCACAGUACUGCCCAAAAGAGUAAAAAUGCAUGCACUGAAAAACCGUGACAUAAGAAGACAACGUGUAGCCUGAAACGGGAGACCGACGAGUACUUUCGGUAAUAUUAGGUAACUAUUUGUAAUUAAAUACACGAGUACUUUUUUUCCAAACAAUUUCUAUCGCAGCAAACGUUAUUAAGCCAGUGUGCGCAGUUAAUGCUUUCUUUGUUUUGAGUUAAACCAUAUGAAUGCAACUAUUUGGAGUUUCACCUUCAAGACUCGGCGUGUUCCCACCACACCUGCUCCUCCGCUGCAGGAUUAUGCUUUUAUUUUGAAAUGCGGCAGAUUUGGUUGAGCCUCCUUUAGGAAAAACCUGAGAUUCCUCAGACAGGUGCUACCUGGAACACCUGUUACGGUUUUGCGUGUUUCUUUUCAGGUUUCCUCUGAACCCUCCAGUCGCCUGUCGUGUGUUUACAGCCCGUUAAAGUUUUUUGUUUUUUUUUGCCCCACAUGGUCGUUUCUACGUUACUGCUGAGUAACCGGUUCCUGCUCUUUCCCCGGGGCCUGGUAAACUGUCAAUGAAGAAAGAAAAACAAACGAGCUCAUUCCAGACAUUUUCUCUGUGAUGACAUAUUGUCCCAGAGAUUUGAAACCUUUUCGCGUGACCGUCAGUGACGUUACUGGGCUCGUGCUUCGGGAUCGCGAGCGUUUCAAAACCCCGCCUCGUUAAAUCCACCUGUUGCAGCACCUGGAGCAGAGCAGCAGUGCCGGGCUGCAGGACGACAGCAUGGCAGGACGUUGCUGAACAUGCUGUCCGGUUGCAUCGUGGGAAACGUAUGCGCCAGCAGGGACUGACAUUUAAGUGAAAUUGUAAAAGGGUGUUCACUCCGGCGAGGGGAUGGCGGGAGUUUUCUCCUAUGAGAGUUCAGAAAUCGACUGGUGCGAAGACAACUACAGACACUCUGAGCAUGUGGUCGAGUCCUUCAACACGAUGAGCAGCUUCAUUUUCUUCAUUAUCUCUCCCAUCAUGCUCUACCUUCUGCACCCGUAUGCCAAAGAGAGGAGCUUGGCGAUCCACCUGGUUUGGGUCAUGAUGAUUUUUGUAGGGCUGUUCUCGGCGUACUUUCACAUGACUCUUAGUUUCGUCGGUCAGAUGUUGGACGAGCUCUCGAUCUUGUGGGUGUUGGCGGUCGGUUAUGCCAUCUGGUUCCCUCGCAGACUCUUCCCUUCUUUUAUAAAAGACAGAUCCACGUUUUCAAAGCUCGUCCUGGUGAUCACGGUCAUCAGCUCGGUGUCGUCAUUCGUCAAACCUACGGCCAACGCCUACGCGUUAAACUGCUUCGGCCUCCAUCUGCUUUACACUCUGAUUACGGAGAUGAAAUGCUGCACUGACCAGAAGGCUCUGCGACUCGCCAAGCUGUCGAUCGCUCUGUGGGUGCUCGCCAUCUCCUGCUGGCUCGGUGACCGCUUUGGCUGCAGCUUCUGGCAGAGGAUCAACUUCUGCUACCUGCAUGGUUUUUGGCACAUUCUGAUUGUGAUAGCUGUAGCCUACGGCAGCACGCUGAUAGCCUACCUGGAUGCCAACUACGAGAUACCGUACUCGCUGCCUGGACUGCAGUACUGGCCCUGUGAUAGAUGGGCUGUUGGAUUACCUCACAUCGUCCUGAAAGGCAACUCCAAGACUGAGAAACGGUGCUGACGACGUGAAAAUCUAAUUUAACUCUGAAAGAACAUUUCUGUUAGUUUACUCAACUGCUGCAAUCGUGAAAAAGAUCAAUACCUGCUUUUCGCCUUCUUACCAAAAGCACAUCACCACCAACGUUGUCAACCCCCCAAACCUGACUGACACAUAUUUUAACACUCGGGUUAACGCUGGACGACAAAUAAACCUCGUCCGAUCCUGAAAGUGUAUUAUUUUAAACCAUGGCAGGAUUACUGAAUGUGUACAGCGUGCAAACGAAAUCAUCGAGGUUAGAAAUCCCUCAAAUCCAGAGUCAGACGGGGUAAGAGGAGGGGGGUUUCCAAAGCUUCCUGAGCAUCAAACAAGCACUUAGGACGAUCCUUACAGUCCACUGCAAGGCAGUAUAACAAGAAAAGAUGGCACAUGUGUUUUGCUUUUGCUACUUUAGGCUUUUUAAAUUAGUUUAAUUUAUUUAAAACAUGAAAAUGAAACAAGACUUGUUGUAAUAUACAACACCUCUGGAGGGCGCUGCAUAAAGCACAGUGUAAAUGCAUCAAUGCAACGAUUUAGAACCAAUAAAGUGUAAAGCAGUGUCAAUUUAUAUAUUUAAUCAAGGUUUAAUAUGUUACUUACACUUAUGUAAAGUAUGAGUUUAUAGUUAUUUUCAUUGUUAGCUAUGCAAUCGCCUGAAAUACAGUAAUUAGUGUAUCAAUUACAUGGUCACAGAUUACUUUUUAGCCUUUAACUUCAUAUUUCUAACACAGCAACACAGAAAGGGCACUACUUUAACUGGAAACUUUGACCUUUAUUUAUCUUUUCAACGCAUGAUUGUUUUAUUUAAACACUUGCUUGAACAGUUAAAAACUAUAAUUGUAAAUUAGUGCUGGAAACAGAGCCCUGUGACUGCAGAGGGUCAAAGAUGGCUGAACUUUUGUGGAUGUGCACGUGAUAAAAGUGCGGUUUUACUGAAACAUGUUUCACCUUUUACGACAAUGAGCUUUAUAAAUCCAUGUGCAGUGAUCUUUAAUGUUGGACUCAUGUAAAUGCUCUUACUUUGUUUAUCAGGAUACAGAUGCACUGUGACUGUAUGUUUUGUUAUGAUAAAAUUAUUGCUUUACCAAGAGUGCAAAAAAACAAAUCUUGGCUUUAAGUGCUACAGAGAAACGUGUUUACAUUAAAAAUACCUCAGUGUGUGACACCGGUGCGCCCCGUCCUCGUGGCUCGUAACCUGCGCUCAGUUUUGUCCCAUUUUCAGUCACUAAAAUGUUUCAGUUCAUAAACUUAAGUUAUCUCUCUGAGCCGUUUCACUGGGGAAAUGCUGCUGAAAUAUGACUCUACAGUUCAUAACACAAGCCAGGCUCAGAGCAGCCUGUUACACGCCUUUUUGCUCUUUUGUUUUUUCCUUAGGUUGAGAAUAGCAACCAUAGAUCAUUGAUGUAAACAAAUACAGGCAUCGUUUUCAUUUUAGUGUGCAACACUGACCUCGUGUGGAUGAAGAGAUGACAGCUGGUGACGGCUUGCAGCCAAGUAUCAGAGAAGCAUUCAUUUCCUUCACGACAGAAUAAAUUCUCGUGUAGCCUUUUUUUCCUGACUGAAAACUCUCCGUUCACUUACAGAAAUGUUUGUGCACAAGUCGAGGGUCACCAGGAUUUAAGAGAUGAGGCUAAUCACUAAUCAGUAUGGACUUUUCCACUUCACCAUGAUAUGGGGUUGUCUUUUUCUUUUUUUUCUUUUUUGUUUGUUUGUUUUGUAAUGUUUGAAUCUUUUCUUUUUUUCUUUUGGUUCAGCUUUGUUAAUGAAAAUUUCUCAGAUUGAAAAAACGGGAGCAAUAAUUUACCUUUACUGAAACGUCCCACGGCUAAUGUCCAAACAAAAUCCAAAGAAAGGUUAAGAUCGGCUGGGUUAGAUCAUUUAUUCAGAGAGAUAUACUUUAUGUUUUCUGGAAAUAUAUUUGAUAUAAAUUCAUCUGUAAUUUAAAUAAAGAUCUAUGUUACCUGAGUGAAGUCUGUGGCUCAUUGUUUCUGUUGUCUUUGAGUCUCCUGCUACAUUUCUGGUUGGUAUCUGAGAGUCUGUGUCUGACAGCCAGAUGGGAUUUUCUUCCUCAGAUUUAAUUGAGAGGCAGGCUGGAUCAGUUUGAGUGGAGGGAGAUGAAGAGGAGGCACCAGCCUGGUGAGACGGUGGUGACCUUCUGUCUGGCCGAGGCCCCGGUAAUCUCACUUCAAAGUCUGAGCACCGCAGAGACUUGACUGUGCUGAGCCUUCAUUCCCAUCUGUAUGAAAGAAGAAGAAAAAACAGUUUUCUUUGUCAGAUGAAACAUGACAUGGACAUCUGAGGCAAAGUAAUGUGACCUGUUGAGCCAGAGGUGACGUGCAUUUGUCGACUGAAAUGCAAACUGUCAGGAUUUUUGAUUAGUAUGUUAAAAGUGUUAUAAAUGCAGGGCUCCAAUGUUCCCAUGUUUAUUAUUACCACAUCACAUGAUAUUAGUACUUCUACA